ACUCGCCGGGAUUCGCCACCAAACAAGAUUUGUUUGCCGACGUCAACAGGCGCAUAAAUAAUAAGAGAUUAACAGUAAGAAAAAAUGGUGAGGAAAGUGAGUUUCCUGUUUCUGGUCUUCCUGAUUGUUGCCGUGAGCGGCAAAAAGAGUGAUGAGAAGAACAAACCUCAGUGGGCUAAGAAGGAUAUCCGGGAUUACACAGAUGCCGACAUGGAGAGGCUUCUGGAACAAUGGGAGGAAGAUGAGGAACCCUUGGAACCGGAUGAAUUGCCUGAGCAUCUGAGACCUCAAGCCCCAAUAGAUCUUAGCAAAUUGGAUGUCAACAAUCCUGAAGCAAUGGUACGGGAAUCGAAGAAGGGCAGGACGGUGAUGGCUUUUGUUCAGGUGGGCGGAAGCUCCUCACGGGAGGAAUCUGAGACGAUAACGAAGAUCUGGCAGAGUAGUCUCUGGAAUAAUCACAUUCAAGCCGAAAGGUACAUGAUCGAGGACGCCCGGGCAAUUUUUAUGUUCAAGGAUGGAGCCCAAGCUUGGGUAGCUAAGGACUUCCUGGUAGAGCAGGAACAGUGCGAGAGUGUAACGAUAGAGAGCAAGAAGUACCCAGGAAAAUACUCAGCUGAGAAGGAUGAAUUGUAAAAGGAAAAGACUUGACUUUACCGACUGCACAAAGACCAGUUUUUGUGAGAAAUGCAAUUUAAUUGAAAUACAAUCUCCUUUUUCGAUAUAAA